AUGGAACACAACAUGCACGUGAAUGCUCCUUUGCAUUGGGGCUAUGGUGCCGCCGCAGCCAUGCCCAGCACCCCACAAAACCAUUGGGUGCCUCCACCGCAGAACCACCACGGCCAUAGCCUUAAGCGAGCGCUCUCCGAGAGCGAUUGCGACGAACUCUACUCCGAGGAGUCGUCCAAAGAACAGAUCUCACCCAGCGAACCGGGUAGCUGUCAAUUGAUGAGUCGAAAGAAACGCCGCGGUGUUAUUGAGAAGAAACGGCGCGAUCGCAUUAAUUCCUCUCUAACGGAACUCAAACGCUUGGUGCCCUCGGCAUAUGAAAAACAGGGAUCGGCCAAGCUGGAGAAGGCGGAGAUUUUACAAUUAACCGUCGAACACUUGAAAAGCUUACAAUCAAAAACCAUGGACUCGCUAAGCUACGAUCCUCAACGCUUUGCCAUGGACUAUCACAUCAUUGGAUUCCGCGAAUGCGCCGCCGAGGUGGCACGCUAUUUAGUCACCAUCGAAGGCAUGGACAUUCAAGACCCACUGCGACUUCGCCUCAUGUCCCAUCUGCAAUACUUUGCUCAGCAACGUGAGUUAUCGGCCAAGGGUUGCGUUAGUCCUGGUGGCUGGUCCGCCUCGGCGGCUAGCAGUGGAUACCAACCCAACUGUGCGGCCACGCCCUACCAAACGUACUCACCGGCCAGCAAUGCUACAUCGUAUGUGCCCAAUUUGCCGACAACAGCUUUGCACAGCUAUCCAACAUUGAGUGCAUCACCACAAUCGGGAGCUGGACUUCACCCAAGUCGCUCCAGCGUAUCGAGAACAAGCGGGGGAGGCACAGGUGAGCCAUUGCCAGGAAUGGGGACACACGAUGCAAGACCCGAGGCCACAUCGUCCCAGUUGCAGCCGCAGCCAACAUCCACCCAAUCCCAACAACAACAGCAACAGCAACCUCAACAGCAAUCGCAACAACAACAACAGCAACAAGGACAGCAGCAACACUACACACAGGAGCACAACAGCCAUGGAGACCAGCAACAGCAACAGGUGCCCACCUACAUCGAGCUAACCAAUAGCCAUCGCAAUGAGGCAACGCCCAGCAUUGCAGCCGAGGGUCUUAGCUACAGCGCCGCUCCUCAAUAUCCUGGAAGCGUUAGCCAGGCCGAUUACAACAAUACCAGUGGCUUGCAAUAUGCGGCCCCCAAUGGCGCCAAGCCCUAUCGACCAUGGGGAGCCGAAAUGGCUUACUAG